CAAUGAUCAUUCAGAAUGGCUGCGGGUGUAUUGGUAGUUUUCAUGCUGGCUCUCGCUGUUAGACACUCUGUUCAAUGGAGCGGACAUGCAUGUCCCUACACUAUUGUCUCAUACACAUCAAGCUACGUGUGUAGUUGUCCCUGUUGGUGGUGGGGUUGCUGUGCUCACGCAUUGGUACACCAACCCAUUUACACUACAGUGUACAAGUGUUGUCCCGGGUGGAGGGACGAUGGAGAUGAAAACUGCAAUAUCGCAAUCUGCUACCCUGGGUGCAGUAAUGGAGGUACAUGCACGUCCCCAGGAAGGUGCAGCUGCAGGAGCGGAUAUACUGGAGCGACAUGCAUUGGACUCGACUGUAAUAAUGAGCGACCAUGCUAUCCAGGAGAAUGCCAAAGAAAUGGUGCUGCGGUUGUCUGCAACUGUAUGGAUGACUUCGAUGGAACGUUUUGCAUACGUCUAAAGGAGACCCAGGUACCUGAGGUCACACAGAUACGGGCACAGUUUUCAUACAUGGAAGAUGACGGUCAGAUGAGCAAGGACAUCUAUAGCCUCAUAGCAGAUGGCACGGAGGAGAAGGAAAAGGUCAUCGUAUGGACAAAUCGCCAACAACUGAACAAGCUGAACGUGACGGCCAGUGCUAUGUUUAAAGGCAGAGAUCUGCCAUAUCCCCCUGCUUAUAUCCCCGAAGCUAAGACUGGAAUUGCGAGAGCAUUUUUCAAAUUGAGUGGCCCUGCUGUUAACUCACAAGACAAGGAACACCAAUGUGAUGAUGCGGUUGGCUCCGAAAACCCCAAGGAAACUGUCACCUGUACCUUUACUACAAGUUACACUAAUCCUUUGACAGAUGGUGACAAGUUGACCUUGACCUUCCGAGUUUCAAGUGGUGGCUUCCGGAAGCUAGUCGGAACAGGUACUACAGCCACACAACACUAUACCGGAGAGGAUGCUGUCAGCACUGUAGCCUUCCACGUUGACACGGGUGAACCGGUGUACAACAGCCCCAGUGAUGCUUUUCAGAUUCACCCAGAAUUCACAAAUAUGCCAGUCACCAUGAAGUGGGAAGGGUGGACCGAUGCUAAAUCUAGAAUGGACAAAUACACAUGGGAAGCCUUCAAACUUGAACCCACUGGGAACGGAAGCUUGACGGAAGUAGACAAAUUGAGACCUUUUGUUCACAGACAAGUUGACCACACCGACCCCAUCUCCAACCCUCUCCCCUAUGCCCCAACAAGACCAGGGAUGUACUCCUUCGUCCUUGAAGCCGUGGACAAGGCCAAUAACUCUGUAUACAUGAGAAGGUUUGCACUGUACGACAAAGAGUCAGAAGUGACCACUGAUCCAAACCAUGCCCUGUUCAUAUCAUCUGCUGUACAAGACCAGGGCUUCCAGUGGAUGACCGAUGCCUCCAAGCCACUAGUGAUCAACUGGCAAAACCAUUUUCUCAAUUAUGUCCAUGAAAGUGGUAAAUUCCUCAACAACAUCCUCCCCUUCAAGGUAAAGGUUGUAGAAAAUCCACCAAUCUACAAGGAAGUGACGUAUGAAAAUGAUGAUCAUGAUGGCAGAAGAACCACAGCAGCUAUCUCCAAUGUACGUGGCAUUGUUAGGUUUGAGUGGACACAUGCUGUUAAUAAGACAGGGGGUAGCACACAAGCCACACCUCCCAACUGGGAUGAGAUCCCUGGUCUGAACACUACAAUGCAAAAAGAACUUGACAACGUUACCAGCGGGAGCACCGUUACUGUGUGGAUAAGGGCCAGGGACGUCGUCGACAACAAGAAAGUGGACUUCACAAGAGUAACCUAUGACUUGACUGAACCACAGUUCAGCAAAAUGACAUUCCAUCAAAACGAACUAUCAACCAUCCCUUUCAGCUCAGGGUUAGAGGUGACAAUGAAAGACCAGGAGAGCGGGAUUGAUCACCUUGCAGUCAAAGUCACAGAGAUUGGUGACGGCCAUUUAAUGACCCACAAGAACUUGACGAUUGCUUCUAUUCUGCCGCACAAAUGCACGGACAGAGUACACGACUGCUACUGCCCUAACGCCCUGAACGUGUGUUACAAACGAGUGUACAAACUGUUCAUCAGCAACUGCUGGCUGAUGGUGGCCAAGGACGCCCUCGAGACUGCCCAUGUUCAGAUGGAGGUGGGCGUGGUCAACAGGGCGGGGUUGACGACACGCAGGGUGCACCCGAUAAGGAAUCUCAUGCAGCUCAACGGAACAGAAGCAUUCUUCGGCCUUGAGAAUGUGAAAACAGAGAGGGUGAGGGACACAACGGUGCGUGUUACCUGGGACCACGCCCCAAGCUGUUACGAGAGGACCGCCAUCUUGGUCAGCUACGAGUGGGACUCGGGAGCGUCUGAUCCUGUGCGGGUCUUCAAAGACGCUAAAUCUUACGACAUCGUAGGCCUUGAGCCCGGCACCAAAUACAGAGUCUCUGUAACAGCAGAGUAUGGAGACAUUAAGAGUGUACCAAAAUCAUCAUAUUUCACCACAUCGGAUCUGUCAGGCAUUGGUGCAGGCGCUGUAGCAGGAAUUGUUAUAGCGCUUCUCCUUAUACUUGUUGUGCUGGGAGCUGUGUUCCUGCUGUGGAGGACCGGCAGGCUGGCGGUGCUCAUCAAGCAACGUGAGAACAGACAAAGUCGACGUGAAGGAAACGUGACUGGGAGGAUCACCAACAAUCUUGGAACUUCAAACAAUAGAGGAGGAGUUUUGUCCUAUCAGAACAAUGCAUACGACGACGAAGACAUCUACCUCUACGGCGGCAUGACGUUCGCCACGGCUCAGACAUGGCACAUAUCCAUGGAAGACCUAACCUUAAAGGACAAGCUUCACACUGGAAGAUUUGCACAAAUGUAUAAAGCUUCUCACAAAUCCGGAAAAACAGCGAGCGAAGUGGCAGCAAAGGUUAUCAGAGAUACACCAGAUGAAGAAAACAAGUUGCUGAUGAUGGCCAAGAUCAACUUUGCUGCAACACAGGUCGGAGAACAUCGCAACGUGCUGAGAUUUCUUGGCGCUGUAGUCAACAACGAUGCACGCGGCCCAAUGAUGGUCUUAGAGUACUGUGAAAAUGGUCAGCUGGACACGUGGCUCAAGGACAAUCGGGACAAAGUGGACAUGGACGUUCUGGAGAGGAUUCAGAUGUUUGUCUUGGGUGUUGCCAGAGGAAUGGAAUUUCUGGCCAAUAAAGAGAUUGUUCACCGAAAACUGGCUGCACGGAACUGCCUGGUAACAUUUUUAUACGAGGUGAAGAUCAGUGGAUUUGGGCCGAGCUGCAUGGACGACACCAACGACGAUGACAACACCAACAAUGCAAAAGCGGAUCGAAUCCCUGUGAAGUGGACGGCUCCAGAGUGUCUUCAGUCUCUGAAGGAGGCCAACGAGAAGAGUGACAUCUGGUCCUUUGGCAUCACUAUGUGGGAGAUACUUAGCAUGGGUCAGACGCCAUAUCCUGACAUUCGAAGCAGAGAUCUACCUGCCAAAAUCAGGAACGGUUACAGACUCCCCAGACCUGAGUAUGCUGAAGACAUCCACUACAACAUGAUGGGCAGUUGUUGGGAGAAGAAUCCUCAAUCGAGACCUACCUUUGUAAAAAUUGUGCAGAAACUGGAGGUGUCCUUCGGCUUAAGACCUACCUCUGAAGCUGUGUAUUAUUACUGCAAAUAGCUGUCAAGUCACCAAGUUUAGAACGUGAUAGAAGUGUCUGUGUUUCAAGUACAUAAUAAGAAAUGAUCAGCACAUAAUGUAUAGUAUCAGUCAGUCAGAGAACGUGAUUUCAACGAUGAGUUGUUGUUUUCAUAGAGCUUUUAUAACCUAAAGUAUUUAAAAAAUGUCAAUAGUUUUGACUUUGUGUAUGUUAAAACAUAAAAAAUCAAUCAAUGUACAUACGUAAAGGUUUUUGUUAUGUAUGGUAGUCAGAUCCAAUUAGAUUAAUGUAAUUGCAUCCAUCGAAGACAAGUGGUGACAAUUGUCCUACCAGUAGGACGCCACUGUGACCUCCUUUCAAAGUGAUGUAUGCCACAAUUUCGUUGUGACAUCGAAUAAAUCAUAGUCCAACUAAAUAUUCUUAACAUAUAACUUCUAUAUAAGGUAAAAUUUACUUACACAAGAAUGUUAUGUGAAUAUAAGUUACUGCUUGAUGCAACAUUUAUCUGAUUGUGUGGUGUUUACGCCUCUUUGAAUAGCAUUCAGUCACAACAUCAUUUAAAUUAUGUCACUGCGUGUCAGGUUAAUGUGGGAGGAAAGCCCGUAGCAAUGCCAAAAAACUACUUUGGCGAAUAACAAAUGCUGACAAGUCAAAAGCGAAAAUCAGGAUGAAAAUGGUAAUCAAACCCACGUCCACAGUCAUAGGAUUCUGGCAACGCCAAAGGAACGCAACUCUUCACAUGGUUGGGAGGGUGGGGUUAAAAUGUGUAAUGGUGGAUUAUAAAGUGUAUGUGCCUGUUUUCCUGCUUUAUUUUUUGCUUGCACGAAUAUGUGACAUGGAUAAGUAUUAGCCAUCAAAACGCACAAUGAAUAACUUGUGGAUAUAUUUGCAGUCGUUAAGCAAGGUUUUUCAUAUUUAAGAUGAAACUUAAAAAACGAGCUCUGUGAUUAGGACAGUUGCUGAUAUGGUCCGAAAUGGCUGAUUUACUGUCGGAUUUAAUGGUGGAGGUUUUGUGCUCUUUAAUUCUGGUUUUGAAGCCUAACAAACAGAAUCCAAACCAGUGUCUACCGGAAGCCCACCCUAACCGACCAGUAUAUCCACUUCAACUCCAAACAUCACCUUAGAACCAAGACUGGCAUCAUCUCCAUCCUCAUCAAACGAGCCAUCAAUCAUCAAAGAUCAAGCCUAUUUCUUCCCAUCCGCCUACUAUGAACUCAUCAAGCAAUAAUAACUUAUCCUGUUUAAUUGGCUUCAUGCCCCUGUUGGCUUCCACAUAUGUGUUCUCUGUCCAUCGUGUUGUGACAGUAUUAUCCCCUUGGUGUCAACACCUACCUAUGUUAUCCCACUCAUAUAUGCAAAUGUUGUUGCUUUUAAUCCUCUACUGUUAAUCCUCCACCUACUACAUAUAUUCUGUACUAUGUUCCUCAUUCAGUCUUGCUUAACAACGGUAUAAGGAUGUAUACCGAAACGUCGCUUUUUACAGUAUUAAAGAAGUUGUAAUCCAUAAAAUUGUGUUUACCUUGUCAAAAGGUUUCCAGCGUCAUAAUGAAGUACUGUAAUACAAUUUGGGUAUCAAGUUGUUCAACGGAUAUAGGAAUUUAUCAAUGAAAACAGUAUGUUUCUGUUUACUUUCAAACCCUUUUCUAGAUUUUACUUGAGAUUAACUUUAAUUGAUGCUCGAUGUUGUGCUCCUUAUUAUAAUUUGUACUUUAAAAA